UCUACGCGUCCAUUGAUCUUGAUUAUGUACCGAACCGCCGUGAAACCCAAUAUAGCCUAUAGCUCGUAUGUUAUACGUGAAAACCUGGUUGGAAAAGAGGUCACGGCAAUUGAACCUGGGUAUCGGGCCACUGCACAGACAGGUACUCCGAGAACCCGGUACUAAAGAAAGAGGCGUUUUGGAUACGAUGGCAUGGGAGUGUUCUAUUUGUGAAGUCACGGUCCAGUCAUUGCGCUUGUAUGUGUUGUAUUGAAAAAA